AAGGGAAACAUAUGUCUAAUGGGCCCUGGUGUCCAAAGCUUUGGCUCUCCAAACUCCUCACCCUCUGUCCUAAGGCCACAGGCACAAAGGAGAACAGACAGGGGCCUUCCUUUGGGGGAUGCUGAAAAGGAAGGUGCGAAGUAGCUAAAAAUUGACACUGGUAGUCAGUGUAGGUCCCUGAAGUCUGUCCCCAGCUCCUUCCUGGAGAGCUAAUGUUUUGAAAAGAAACACCCAUCUACCAAACAACCAGACACUGUUUUCCUAUGUAGCUCUUUGUCCAUUUUCCACUUUCAGGAGCUAGUUCAACUUGUUCUGUUUUAGUUCCUGGUUCCUCCAGAGGAACUAGGAAGAAGGGAACUUGAAGCACAAUGUAAAAAAUGACACAACUUCAGUGAACAACAGGGAAAAUGGAGGAAACAGAGCCAAAGAAGUGACCCAGAGAUGCCUGGGCCCCUGGUGCCCAAGAAAAGCCAAGCAAAGGACAGAGCCCAGGAGCCAUCAGCACUCGGUGUGCAUACCAAGGAGGCCUCGCCGGGCUUUCUCAUCCUUCUCCCACACUUCCUUACACACAGGGUUUCCCAGUCACCAGGUUUUUUGUUGAGGAGCAGAGCAUAGGAGAGUUUGACCAGGACUCAGAGGACUGGGUCAAGCUGGCUGAAAUAAUAAGGAAGUUUGGUCAUCUGGAGAGAUCAGAAAGUUGGCAACUUGCUCAAUACAGCAUUCAAGUCCUCCCUUCCCCUCCUGCUUCACCCCCGAGUCUCCCUCCCUACUGUCCUCCCCUACCUCCAGUUGACCAUGGCAUCAGAAGCAGAGAAAACAUUCCAGAGAUUUGCUGUCUUUGGAGAAUCAUCAAGCACUGGCACUGAAAUGAACAAUAAGAACUUCUCCAAGCUGUGCAAAGACUGUGGCAUCAUGGAUGGCAAAAUGGUCACCUCCACUGAUGUAGACAUCGUGUUCAGCAAAGUCAAGGCCAAGAAUGCCCGAACCAUCACCUUUCAACAGUUCCAAGAGGCAGUGAAAGAACUGGGCCAGAAGCUGUUCAAGGGGAAGAACCCAGAUGAAGCCCUUGCAGACAUUUAUAAACUCAUGGAGGGCAAGGAUCCAGCUACUACUGGUGUUACUAGACUGCAGCCCUCCAUUCUGACUGUUUCCCUUAAGAUGGCAGCUGCCAGAGCUGGGUUCUGCUCCCUGCUGCUGCUCCUGCUGCUGGGGCUCUGGGUGGCCAAGGUCCCAGUCAGUGCCAAGCCCAAGCACAUGACCCCAGCUCAGUGGUUUGAAACUCAGCAUGUGCAGCCCAAGCCCCAGGGAUGCAACACGGCGAUGGGCAACGUCAACAAGUACACAAAACGCUGCAAAGACCUCAACACCUUCCUGCAUGAAUCCUUCUCCAGCGUGGCCACCACCUGUCAGACCCCCAGCAUAGCCUGCAAGAACGGCCAUAAGAACUGCCACCAGAGCCAGAAGUCCGUGUCCCUGACCAUGUGUGACCUCACCUCUGGGAGGUACCCAGACUGCAGGUACAAAGAGAAGCAACUGGAUGCGUUCUUCAUUGUGGCCUGUGACCCUCCCCAGAAAGGGGACUCUGGGCAAUUCCCGCUGGUUCCUGUGCACUUGGACAAAGUCUUUCAGAUUUCCAGCCUUCCUCACUCUUGGGUUGUGCCUUAAUUCCUUUUCCAUGCCUUUGUACCACUCCUUCUAUGCUGAGAAGUUUCUCUUCCCCUCAUCUCUUGGGGUCGUUCUUAGCUCAGGCUCUUCCAAGAGACUGAAGGGGGAGCUGAGGUUGAUACCUCAGUAGGCUAAGCUCCAGAAGAAAUGGUCUUUCAUCUUUUUCUUGCUGUUCUCCUGGAAGCUUAUCCCCAAGAGAGGGGCUGAGCAAGCUCUGGUGUGGGUUCCCGGGUCUGUGCCUUGUACAUCUUUCCCCUGCCCUCACCUUAUCAUGACAGCGUGACAAGAGGAGGAAAUAAAUGGAAAGGGUUGUAUGGGAUAUAUGGACAGAGCUGUUCCUGUUCCUAGAGUAGGAAUCUUCCCCAGCUCUGAGGUGGUAGUGAGGUGGCCUGUGUGCAGAGAGGCAGCUGGAAGGAAAGAAGACAAGGAAGAACCAUUUCAUAUUUAUAUAGCAUUUCAUGCCGCAUGAGUCCCUUGUGAGAUAGACUUGACAGAGAUUACUUGCCUACUUUAGGAUGAGGAAAUUGAGAUUUCAGAAAGCUUAACUAAAGAGCUUGUCAAAUUGGUUAGUAAAAGAAGCUUGACUUGAAGCUAAGUCUCCUUCUAAAUACAGUGCACUUUCUACCUGACUAUUGGACAAAAAAGGAAACCUCUACAGGGACAAGAGGAGAACUAGGUAAGAGUUCACCCUGAAGAAAUGUACCCUGAGAGCUCCGAAGAGCCAGUUACCAUGUGUUGGCUGCAAUAAAGGUUAUUACCACUUAAGCCAAGAGACUGUUUGUGGGUUGCUCCUGGGAUCUUAAUUCCUUCUCUCUCUCUGCCUCUCUGACCAUCCUCCCCCUUCUCCAGCCCACUGCUCUUCUGACCUGGGCCCUGGGCCUAGCUCUAGUUAGAUCCCCUUGGCCUGAAGACAUAGGAUCAGUGGAGUGUCCCAGCUUCAUCUCCCUGCUCCAGGAUCACAUUUCCCUUGACCUCAAGGGACUUCCGUGGCCCAGAGCCUGCUUGUCACAAACAGGCUGGUGGGAGCUGCCAGAGCUUCCUUCCUCCUGAUAAUGAUCUCUCCUGCCUCGGUGCUUCCCUGGCUUUCCACUCUGGCAGUCUGCCCAGGCCGGAGGGGUUGAGAUGUAGAAAUGCCAUCUCCCUGUCCCCUUGAGCUGCAGAUACCAUUUCUCCCUCCUUAGUGAGCAGAGCUGGAGAAGCUCUGGCUUUCUAUUGACUCUAUCCUGUUAACUGCCACACCCACACCCCACAUUGCCUGAAACCCUGACCAUCACCAGCCCCUUCUCUCUUCCUUCAUCUCAGUCCCAGAGGAGCUGCACUACACCCAUGCCUGCCCCACUUUAGCACCCAGCCAUGUUUUUGGACCUUCCAUUCCCUGUUGAGUAGUCUGCUCUCUUCCUGUCCGUCCCCAACAACUCCAGUGCUCCUUGACUCCUUACCAGAGUCAAAGUAAGCUUUGGAGCCAAAUCUUGGGUGUAAAUCUUGGCUCAGUCCUUCCUGGCUACGUAACCUUGAGCAAACUACUGAACCUCCCUACAGCUAUGUUUCCAUGUAGCAAAAUGGGAGUAAUACCACCUAUCCAACAGGAUUGCAGGAAGAUUUGGAAAUGACAUUUAUGAAGCCUUAGUCAGCCCCAGGCACUGGUAGGCAUUCAAUCAUAACAAUUAGUAGUAGCAGUGGCUGUAGCAAUAGCAAUAUCCCCGUCAGAUCAUAUCCACCUUUGGCAAACACGCAGACCAAGGCAAAUACCCCACUCAAUUCUCCUUGAGGGCUUUCUUGUGCCAGAGUGAAGUUCAAGAGCAGGCUAGAGGACAAGUCUGCAGGCUGAGUCCUUCCAGGUGAGCUGAGUGGUUUGAGGAGGUGAGAGAAGGGAGGGAAAGGAUGAUCAAAAGAAAAGAGAGCGGAACCUUAAACAAUUCAAGCAGAGUGUGGAGCCAAUAAGUUGAUGAGUUUUGAAAGUAAGAGGUGCACUAAACAUACGUUGUGGACAAAUGCCAAAUGACUGAGUGUAAAAUCUAUACAUCCCAUGGUCUCUAUACUAUGCAUUUAUCAUUCUAAAUAGAUGGUUUUCAAUUGAGGUGCAUAAAAAAGCAAGAUACUUAAGGGUAGCUGAUACUUCUUUUCAGUUUAUUCUUUUUUCACAACUCUUUAUAUUUUCUUUAUUGAUGAUUUUCCUUAUGGAUACAAUGGCUUUGAAGACAUCCUCCUCACAAAAUUUUGAAGUGGCUAAAAUUAUGACUUUAAUGCAUCUUCUCAAAUUGAGAAGAAUUUCCAAAUAGGACAUUUUCUUGAAAGACUUAUGACCUAGAUAGUAUUAAAUAACUAAAAAUUAAACAUAAUUUAAAAGUAAUCUGUGAUGCUGGAGGUCAGAAUAGCUGUAGCCUUGGGGAGUACUGACUGGGAAUGGGUAAGAGGUAAGCUAGAAAUGUUCUUUCUUAAUCUGGAUAUGUUUAAUUUGUGAAAACUCACUGAGCUGUAUACUUAACGAUUCAUGUAUUUACUCUACGUAAGUUAUACCUCAAUAAAAAAAAUUUUCCUAAAAAGUAUAGUUCUUAAGGAUUAUUUUAACCUGAUAAAUACUA